ACCCUCCGCAGCCCCACAAGACCGAGACCGGAGGAUGACGCCGUGCCACUGUGGGAGGCAGGUCCUAUUAGCUACGUAACGUGGAGCCUGGUUGGCUCCAAUGUGGAUGGAGGCAGAGACCUCCAAGGCCGAGACCGGAAGUGAUAUUCCGGAAGCGGACAAGCGGUGCGUGUGCUGUCAUCAUAAAAUGGCGGCCUGAGGUGAACGGACUCGGUCUCGCCUUCCUCAGGCCAAGACGCUCCAUCCCUCUACCAAAAUGCAGUAUUCCCAUCACUGUGAGCACCUUCUAGAGAGGCUGAACAAGCAGCGAGAGACAGGCUUCCUUUGUGACUGCACAGUAGUUAUUGGUGAAUUCCAGUUCAAAGCUCACAGAAAUGUGCUUGCCUCCUUCAGCGAGUACUUUGGUGCAUUUUACAGGGAUGCCUCUGACAGUAAUGUAAUUUUGGAUCAGACUCAAGUGAAGGCCGAUGGAUUUCAGAAACUCCUGGAGUUUAUAUACACAGGAAACUUAAACCUUGACAGAGAGGAAGAGGAGGAGAAAAUAGAUGGACAAGAAGAAAGGCAGGAAAGAAAGACAGAUAAGACAAGAAAGGAGAAUGGGAAGGAGAUAAGAAAAAAGGGGUUGAAAGAACACUUGUGUUGGAAUGUUAAAGAAAUUCACCAGGCUGCUGACUAUCUCAAAGUGGAGGAGGUGGUCACUAAAUGUAAAAUAAAGAUGGAAGACUUUGCUUUUAUUGCUAAUCCCUCCUCUACAGAGAUUUCUAGUAUUACAGGAAACAUUGAACUGAACCAACAGACUUGCCUCCUCACUCUUCGAGAUUACAAUAAUCGAGAGAAAUCAGAUGCCCCUUCUGCAGACUCAGUUCAGCCACAAGCAAAAAAAGUGGGUUUAGAAAAGAAAUCUGCUCAGACCAGAAAGCGAAAAAAGACUUUUAACUCUCAGAAAAACAUGAAGAAUAAACCAGUGCAAUAUCAGAAUGACAUAAUUGAGAACUCAUCAGUUGAUAUGUUUUUAGAUGCAAAUAAACUUGCCACACAGAUAACGGAACAAGCUGCCCAAGGCAGCGAUAACUCAGAGCUACAGCUGGCGUCUGUGGUGGAAAGUGAAACUUUUGCAGCACAAGAUGUUUCGGUUCAGACUAUUACAGUGAAACAAAAACGGGGGAAGCCACAGCAGAACUGUGCAUUGAAAGAACAUAGUAUGUCUAAUAUAGCUAGUGAAAAGAACUCUUACCAACUGGAGAGCUCUGGAGAAGAACUCGAUCAGAAAUACUCCAAGGCCAAACCAGUGUGCAACACUUGUGGGAAAAUAUUUUCAGAAGCCAGUAGUCUACGACGACACAUGAGAAUACACAAAGGAGUAAAGCCUUAUGUAUGUCAACUCUGUGGGAAAGCAUUUACACAGUGUAAUCAGCUGAAAACACAUGUCAGAACGCACACAGGGGAGAAGCCAUACAAAUGUGAAUUGUGCGACAAAGGCUUUGCCCAGAAAUGCCAGCUAGUUUUCCACAGUCGCAUGCAUCAUGGAGAAGAGAAACCAUAUAAAUGUGAUGUAUGCAAUCUGCAGUUUGCAACUUCAAGCAAUCUGAAGAUCCAUGCUAGGAAGCACAGUGGUGAGAAGCCCUACGUGUGUGAUAGGUGUGGGCAGAGGUUUGCUCAGGCCAGCACGCUGACGUACCAUGUUCGUCGCCAUACAGGAGAGAAGCCGUAUGUGUGUGACACCUGUGGGAAAGCAUUUGCAGUGUCCAGUUCUCUGAUCACUCAUUCUCGAAAACAUACAGGAGAGAAACCAUAUAUAUGUGGCAUUUGUGGCAAAAGUUUUAUUUCCUCAGGAGAGCUCAAUAAACAUUUUCGGUCUCAUACAGGUGAAAGACCAUUUAUCUGUGAACUGUGUGGAAAUUCUUACACAGAUAUAAAAAAUUUAAAAAAGCACAAAACAAAAGUUCACACAGGAUCUGAAACCACCCUUGAUUCUAACACAGUUGAUAAUUCCUACAAUGAGGAAGAAUCCAUUCAGAAUCAGAAAAGCCCUUUGUCAGAGUCUGCAGAUGUGAAGCCUUCUGAGAUGUCUUUACCACUUUCUCUUCCCAUUGGGACGGAAGACCAUCAGAUGCUGCUGCCUCUAACUGGUAAUCAGUCUCCUUCCUCAGACACAUUGCUGAGGUCUGCUGUGACUGGAUAUUCAGAACCUCAGUUUAUUUUCCUGCAGCAGUUGUACUGACUGUGCGAUAUGGGAAUCAACAAGACAAUCCUGGUAGUGAACACACACAUUAUUGGUAAGGUGAACAUCAUCAUCCAAGCUGUUGGACUUACUCUUACUCAUUCAUUUGAGUGAAGACAUUUGGUAAUGUAUCUACACUGUGCAGUGCUGUUUCUCACUUCUUGUUAAAUUUUGCUAAUCCGAAAUCAUAUUUACCAUUGUAAUUGACCACUGACAUUUCCUAGGAGGAAUUACCUUUCCAGAGCACCUGCCUUAAGAAUCGUCUGUUAAAUAGAUACGUAACUGUACUCUGGAGAUCUCCUCCAAUGCUCAUGCAGAACUAAAAUGUUAGUGUCAUUUGUGAGCAGACUUUCAAGCCAUAUUUUUGUUAGUUAGUUUACUUUAAAUACUUCAACUCACAGGUGUGGUCCUUGUACACAGCCUUGUUUAAAAAAAAUUGCAUGACAAAUUUAUUAAAUACAGGCUCCCAAACUCCAGGUCAAUGUAAGAGGAGUAUAUGAUGGCAACUGGGCCAGUUCUCUGGUGAAAUGUUUUUGAAGCAUUAUUGGAUUAUUGUAAGUAAGAAGGUGUGUUGAGUUAGCUGUGAGGAGCCAUGGGUAGCACAUGUCUGACUUUCAUCAUCAUAGUAUUAAUAUUACAGUAGCACCUAGAACUCCCAGUCAGGAUCAGAGGCCUUUUGGGUUAAGCACUAUACAGACACAUCAGGGGAGAUAGUUCCUGCCCUGAUGAGCUUACAAUAUAUGAGCAAUAAAUUUACUCUAAAAAAAUUAAAUGAAAGCUAAAGAUGGGGGUGUUUUAGUAAAGAAGAUUGACCAGAGGCCCUAAGCUUUGGGGUUACCCACAAUGGGCUCUUACUAUUCCAUGCCAGAAUUCAGGAGGGCAUAAUAGAAAAACAUUUCCUUAAAAAAUAAAUGCAGUGUUUAUCUACUGCUUUAUUUCCCAUGCCAGUAGUGCAGUUUUAGGCAGUUGCUGCAGUUUGUAACAAGACCCAUGUGAUAAAGGUUUGUUGUUUUUCUGGGUUUUUUUAAACAAACAUUUUUGUGCCACGGUUGGCACACAGGGCAGAUAUUAGGCUCUUCAAUUCCUCUGUCUUUUGCUGCUGCUUCUGUCUGCUGUAUGGUGCUGAGACAAACUAUUCUGCCCUCCCUCUCUGCUAAAGGUUCUUCUUAAGGUUUCUCUUGGACUCCUUAUUUCCUCACACCAGUUGGUUUCCACUGAACAGCUUCAUGUGGAGUCUUUGUGUUGACAUCCAGAGUACAUGCCCCAUAGAUGUUCAGGGCUCCUUCUGAGUGUGGUGGAAAUGAGUUGCUGAUUGAUUUCAUGGAUCUCUUCAUUGGUAAUGAAGUCUUUCUCACUCUCCAGAAUCUUACAUAGGCACUUAUUUUCAAUGGUGUCUAGUUUUCUGUCUAACCAUUUGGUAGAUCUCCAUCUGUCACAGCCAUAUGUUAGCACUGAGAUUACAUUAGAAUUGAAAAUUCUCAGUUUUGGUCUGAUUUUCCAUAUUAAGGUUAGUAAUGCUGUGGGUGCCUUUCCUAUUCUUGAUGUCACUUCCUUCUUGUGAUGUCCAUUGGUCAAUAUGGUACUGCCAAGGUAGAUGAAUGGGUUUACUUUCUUGAUAUUUUUGCCAGUAAUAUUAAAAUCUAGGUUUCAAAGAUGUUUGUUUUAGCAUGACUAAUUUUGAGCCCUGAUUGGCCUGUUGUUGUUGGCGGCAAGGUUGUCUGUCUUUAUUAGUAACUUUUCAUGGGUGUCAUUCAGCAUGAUAUCAUCAGCAAAGUCUAGGCCUUCUGGACAUUUGCCAACUCCCCCACGCUAUACUAGUGUUAGUAUUGCUAAUACACUUCUUCAAUAUUCAGUCUAUGGCAAUGCUAAACACCAGCAGUGAUAAAAUGCAGCCCUGUUUCACAUUAGUGUCCACACUGAACCAUUCAGUUGUCUGGGUGUCCACCCUUGCAGAGCACUUCACAUCUCUGUAUGUGGCCUUGAUGAUGAUUAUGACUUUAGCUGGGAUUCCAUAGGAGUGAAGAAUGAAUAGUCCAUAAUGUAUGUCUAUUUGGGGGGGGGGAAGCCUUUUGGGAAAAAAAAAAAUCAGUGAAAUUGUUGAGGAGAGCUUGUCAUUCUAUACUUUCUUCUGUGGUGGUCCUUAACUGAAUAUCUGGUCUACACAAAAUCUCUUGGGCCUGAAUCCAGCCUGUUUUCUACGCUUGCGUCCACUGCCUCUUUCAUCCUAUUUAGAAUCACACUACAGAAGGCUUUCCCUGCAACAGAGUAGUGUAACUCCUCUUCAGUUGUUAGUCAAUAAGAUCACCCCUUUUGGACAUUCCGACAAUGAUUCCAUAUUUCCAUUGGUCAGGCGGCUUCUCUUUUUCCCAAACUUUAUUAAACAGCUCUGUCAGUUUCAUUAAGGUGAUGGUAUCAAAUGUUUUUAGCAUUUCUGCAGUGAUUUGAUCAUCUGCUGCUGCUUUAUUUUUUUCAGCUUCCUGAUUGUGGCCUGUACUUCUGUCAUGUCUCUUGGACUGAUGUUAACGUCAAGUUGGUCAGGUUUGCAUGUUUAAAUGGAAAUCUGUUGCUGAAGUCGACCUUGGUCUGUUGGGGACUUCUGUGAAUGCUCUGCCCAUUAAUUUUUCUGUUCUACCUCAGUUGUAAGCAUUUUUCCAUCUUUGCUUUUUAUUGGCCCAUGUCCUAUUCUGAAAUUGACACACCGGAUUUUAAUCGCUUGGUAAAUAGCUCUGAUAUCCCAUAAUAGCAGCAGCUUCAGCUGCUAGAUCUUCAGUGUAUCUUCAUUCUUCUGCCCUUGUGUUGCUUUUCACCGCUCUGUCUGCUUUCAUGCACUCCUCUGCUUUGUCCAGUACUCUGGUUGGUUUUAGCAUUCAGGAUUUUUCCUUUCAAUAUCUUUCCUUCCUCCAAAAGAACAGGAGUACUUGUGGCACAAGUACUUCUGUUCUGUUCUUUUUGCGGGUACAGACUAACAUGGCUGCUACUCUGAAACCUUUCCUUCCUCAGUGAGACGUCAUAUCUCUUGAGUUAUCCAGAUCUUCUUCUACCUCUAUUGAUAUCCAACUGCGGCUACUGCAGCUUGAACCACAUUGUCUGUAAGCCUGGCCCAAGGAGUUUACAUUAGCUUUUUCUUUUACAAGCAGUGUUUCUGGUGUCUGACAGCGUCACUGCUUAAACUCCAUUGUGAUUAGUGGGAGUGUUUUUAUGCCUCACCAAGUCAAUCUUAGAACUGUCAAGAAUCAUCAAAUAAAGAGCCACAAAGGCAUGUUUUCUCCAGUCAGAUAAACAGCACCUGUGAUAUUUAAGUGCAUUCUUUGUUGGUUGGUUAUUUGUUGAUAUCAUUUUAUCUGCAUUGGUGCCUUGGGUCUAGGCUGUGGUAAACAGAAGAGCAUAGAAGAUGCCUCUUAAUAUAAUUCUUACUCUACUCCAUAUAACAACUCAUCUUCACCUUAAUUAAAAGGGCCUUGUGAAAAAUUUCUUAGUGGAUUUAUCCUGAAUCCUGGGCAUGGCUCUGUCUUUUAUUUGUUGCUUUCUUUAUCCAUGUGUCUGUUUUCCUUUGUCUGUACCUUUUAAAUGAAAUAGACCUUUCAUCUUUUGUUGUUUAUAAUUUUAAAUGUGACGUGUAAAACUGUUUUUGAUUGUUUAAUGCUUAAUUACAUGUGGUCAAUUUGGUGUUGAGGGUUACUGGACAUUAUGAAGUACAACCAAGUCUCCCAAGAGUCUUCUCACUGCACUGAAGCCAAUCCUUGCCAUUGCUUCCUGACCUUCACUUUGCACUUAUCUCCAUUACAGCAUUUGCCAGCAUCUACUGUCCUACACUCAUGUGCUGAAGGACACUGGAUGAAUCAUUUUGGGUUUUCAGUGGUGCGCAGUGUGGCUUUUUUCAUUCUUUUGAAAUCUUUGUUUUUUUCCCUCGUAAUCUCUCAAGGAUUCCGUGGCCAACUGGUAAUUCUGUGACUGAAGAAUCGCACCAAAAAGCAGGGCCUUGAAUAUAAGUGACAAAGGUCCACUCCAUGUGACCAGAUCUAAGGCUGCAUUUUCUGACCAAAAAUACAGCAAAGGUAUAAGGAUGAACGCAGUUUUAGUAAUUAGUAUUGCACAAAAGAAAAGCCGUCUUAAGCGCUCUGCCAACUCAUAUGGUUACACUGCUAUUUGGCAAGUUCAUCUUUAAAUGUAUUAAAGUACAUCUCUUCUGAUGUGCUAUUACUUAAACUUUUUUUAACUUGUUCAGAAUUACUGAGUAAUGCAUAUAUUACCAGAAGAGCAAACUAACUCUGAAAAACACAUUCCUAUGUAGAAUAUGCAUUCCAUAAGAAUGUUUGUUUCAACUGUUUUUAUAUUUCUAAAAUUUUAGAUUACUACAGUAUUCUUACAUUUCAGACUUUAAAAAAAAAUCAGUGCUUAGAUUUAUACUGGAUCCAGUUUAGAUAUUUAUAGAGGUGACAUUUGCUUUAUAUUACUCAUUUAGUUUUCUUUAUACACAGGAAGAUCAUCAUUUUUACAAGACAACGGUUUUAAACCUCUCUUCACAGAAUACACAGGUUCCAAUAAAGUUGUUCUCUUGCAGCAAUAAGUUAAUGAUCUGUACUCUUGAGUACCAAUUCUUAUCCUCAACUUUGAUGAAAAUGACUCAGCUGCUGAGUUCAUUUCCCUUAAAUAUAUUAAUUUAAUAUAGCAUAUAAUGUAAAAAAAUGUGUAAGAGUUCCAGCUGGGUGCUGUCGAACUUUGAGAGAGAGCUCUACUGCAUAUCUAUGACAAUGCCUGGAGUACUUUCCAUGCAUCUCUUAUGUGGAGGCUUACUGCUCUCAAGUUCAAUUUGGAGCUGGAAGUUAUAUCAAGAGGAUUGAUGGUCCAUGUAAAGAGUGAAUAGGGGGAAAACUAUCUUAAAUAGUCAAAUGCCGUUAAUAGUUAACCAAAUUUCUCCUUUCUGAAAAAUGAAAGCAGGAGCAUUAAAAUUUCUUUAAAAUCUUGAAAAAGAUUUCUAAAGAAUAUCUCUAGUGUGAUCCAAAUCUCAGCAAGUCCACUAACUUUAAUGGAAGUUUUGCCUGAGGGCUUGACUACUCUUGGAAAUUUACCAAAAUAGCUAGCUAUUCCAGAAUGGUGAGUUAUACCAGAAUAGCUACUCUGCAAUAAUUAUUUUGGUAAGUUCCAAGUGUAGAAAAGCCCUGAGUAAGGAUUACAAGACUGGACUUUGUGAGAAGCUGUUGGUAAGACUUACAGAAAUAGGUCUAGAUAAGAACUAGUAAUUGAUUUGGGUUAAGUUAUUAUUGAAGCAUUUUCCCUGUAUAUACAAAAUGUUUUUCCUUCUGUUAUGUGUAGAUAGUUCAAUUCUUUUUUUAUAAUCCCCUGUGGGGGUUUUGUACAUACUUAGGUUGCAGUGUUUGUUAGGCUUUAAUAAACUUGUUUUGUAAUUUUCCCUCA